AUGAACAAUGACGGAGACAACGAGGAUCUCGAGGCCAUUCAAGCGCACAUGCAAAUGACCAUGGCCCUGCUUUACGAUGCGGUGGAUGCGUCGAUGAAGAACAGCACACUGCCAAACGAGUAUGGAGUCGAAUCGUUGACAGACUUCAAGCCACGACCGCCACGACUCGGCGUAGGCGCUGUACCUUCGGCGAAGACAGAGGCGUCAACAAGCCUUGGACGAGAAACGGCACGACUACAUGGCCGACUUGCUGGCAAGAAACGCGGAAGAGACACUUUGGACACAGAAGAGCAACCGGCGGCGCUAACGAAUGGCAUUAAGAGGCUCAAGGUUGACGAGGCCAGUUCGGAGGAGGAAUCCAGAGCGGCAACCAUUUCACGGACGAAACCUGGAGACAAGUUCUCUAUUACCUCCAAAGUGGAUCCAAAGGUGGAUAAAUUCGCUAUGCCCAAACCGAAGAAGUCGAAGAAACAGAAACGGGAUGAGACAGGAGGCCAGAGGAACCAGACCGAAUCGGCAACGAAUCCAACUACCAAAGAUGCGACUAAGCCUGAAGAUUCACUACCAAAUGGACAACCCCAGGGAAAUACCAAAAAAAGCGCUUUCAAGACUCCUGAGCUUCCAGACAAAGCAAAGGAAACUACGACUCUGUUUAAUGCUUCAUUUUCAGAGAAGCAUGAUAAAGGUUCAUCUCAAACACACACUGAGGCGUCACUCAAGAGUGGCGAGACCCGCCACUCUCCUCUCUCAUCUCGCUCACAUCUCAGCAAAAGGGAAUCCAGUACAGAUGCGUAUAUUCAUAGUACAGGCUCAAGCGGACUACGAUCAAACUCCAUUCUCUCCAUGUCAUCCUCGUCCUCGCGAAGAUCCUCUGCUUCACGGCGGCUCCUCAAGAGGGAGCUCCUGUACAAUCCCCAGUUCAUACCCCGUAUCAUUCCAUUAAACCAACGACCGACUCUUACAUCUCACUCGCCCUCGGCCUCGCACGGGAUGACAAAAGAGAAAACAGAGGCAAUAUCGAAACCACUUCUCCAGCUUGAACCACUGCCCGAGCCGAGCACUCAAUCAGUAUCAGGAGAAGUCACUGCGGAGAAAAAGAAGAAACGGCGAAAGAAGAAGAAGAAACACGCAGACGAUCAGACAAGGCUAGUCACAGUGGACGAAGAAGAGGACUGA